CAAAAUAAGAGUGGGUUUCAUUGAGUGACGGACUUGUAAAGAAACUGUCUUAUGUUUCGCGCUUACGUGUGAGGCAGGCUUUAUUAGCGAAGCGAUGAAACUCUUUUUUCUUCACUGCUGAAUCUGAAUGGGUCGACCGAAAACAUUCAUCCCCUGUUAUGUUUGUUUUAAAGAGUUUGGAUCAAAAUCCCUAACAAUACAUGAACCCAGGUGCCUGGAACGAUGGCGAGCCUCCAAUAAUUCUCUGCCAGCCGAAAAACGCACGCCAACCCCCGUCAAACCAGCUGAUUGGAACACCAGCCAAGGCAGUGUUUGCUCCCAUUGUCGAACCAGUGUUCCUGCUGAUAAGAGAAGCGAUCACACCUCAGUUUGUUCCGCCAAAAAACAACUCAGAUCGAACAACAACAGUCCUGAUUCUAAAACACGCGCCAUGACAGGAGUUGUGAAGGCAGAUUUUUCUCCAAAAAAGGGAAAAGAGAACAAAAACCAUUCCAACCAUAUACCGGUUCCGACUGUUGUGAGAAAGAAUGCCAAAAAUGAAGCCAAAGUAGAGUCCAAAGAAAAGUUGGAGCCAAUAGACAAAACAAGUGGAUCCAAGACAAAAGAUGUGGUGAAACAAUCUAGUACUACUAAUAAUAAUGUUCCAGAUGAUGCAAGGAAAGAUAGCGAAGAGUCUACAUCGACCAGUAAGAGAUCGGUGCGUCCACAAACCAAAAUUCUUAGAAGGCCAACACCGAAUCUGAAUCAUCCGGUGAUACAAGUGGAUUCUGAUGAUAGUAGUGGAGAUAGUGGAUAUUCCGAAAAAGCAAAGGAUGACAAUCCAAAGCGCCUCAAAAUGGGAAGCGAGACUUCGGAAGCAACGCACAAACCUAAAAACUUCAUCAUGUACAACAAGAAUAAUGUAGAAAAGAAUAUUAAAAAUGCUCCAAAAGAAAGGACUUCUGCCACUGUUAUUUCGCCUUCGAUACCCAACCCAUGCAACAGCUGCAACAGAAGCCAAGCUCCGGAAAGGCUUCACAGUCAUGCCAAAAGGGACUCUAGAGGACUAAUGAACUACAGAAAAUCGCCAUCUUUUGAUAUUAAAAUAGCUUCUCCGAAUAAAAAAGUUGAAAAAGUCGCCGAGAUUCCAGAUAAGGUGAAAACGAAAACAAAGGACACCAAGACUGAACAGACACAGAAGAAUGACCAUAAGGAAAUUCCUGUUAUUCAUAGUACUUCAGAAAGCUCUGUUGCAGUUUGUGUCACAAAGGAUUCCAUUUUGGAUCAUAAGAAAAAGUGUAAAGAUGUUGUUAGUGAAGACAGUACGGUUGUUCCAGAACCAGACAGCCCGAAAAAGGAUUUGCUGGACAUUAUGAAGAAAUGCUACAUUUGCGAGGAGGAGUUCAAGGUUUCAAACUUGCUAAUGCACGAAAGUAAAUGUCUCGAGAACUGGAAGAAGACGAACAAUUCCCUGACGCCAAACCUGCGCAAGCUCCCACCCCGCAGACCUGCAGAUGAUGACGACGAUGUGGGAGAUGAUCCCGGCUGGUCAGCAGUCCAAUCCCAGCUCAUCCCUUGCCCCGUGUGCGGCCGAACUUUCUUCCCCGAGCGGCUACCCGUGCACAGGAGGGUGUGCAAAGGGAAACCCAGCCCACGGGCACUCAAAAGAGCCGCUUCUCUGAGGGAGCAACCCAUAUCUUCCACGGAAGGGGAGGAUCAGAAACCCACGGCGGUGUACGUGCCGUGCUACGUGUGCGGUCGCAAUUACGGAUCGUGGGUGAUCUCGAUGCACGAGCAGCAGUGUCUUCGGAAGUGGAGAAGGGAGAAUGAGAAGUUGCCUGAUGAAGAACAGAAGAAUGAGCCGAAGCGAAGUACCGAAUUGUUUACAGACGAUGACGUUGCAAGCUUAGUGGAGCUUGGAGACAGCGCAUGGGAGAGCCACCUGCAGCAGCUCGUUCCCUGUCCUCUCUGCCAGCGCACUUUCUUCCCGGACCGUCUCGGGGUGCACAAGCGCAGCUGCAAAGGUCCCAGCUCCACCAGAAGACCCAGAAGCAACAAGGGAGCAUGAACAGCGGCUAAAACUCAUGAAACACUUGGAUAACAGCUGAUAUUCAGCAACACGGAAUUCUGUCCGAAUGAGUGGUUUCGAACAGCAGCUGAUAUUCAGCAUAUUUUGAGAAAGUGUGGAAUUAAAAAUUGCAUUGUUUUAAGAUAUGCGAGUAUUAUAAAUUAAAAAGAAAAUUGCACUUUGAACAAAAAAAGAAGACUUUUUUUAAAGAAUGAAAAAUUCUAGUGUGAAUUAUGUGAUGGAUCAUUCAGUAUUGCUUCGUGAUUUUGGUGAAAUUUUCAAUGUUUGAUUGAUUUGCGGUAAAUAUUGUAAAAAGUGAAAUGAUAUAGAUAGGAACAAAAUAAAAAUUGUAAAAAAUCACCUUUGUGAAAAAAAAAAUUUUUUUAGUGAAAUCCCUAUAAUAUAUACAUCUAUUUUUUUUUCUCUGUUAGCACAAAAUUCCCAACAGUAUUGUUACAGUAUAUUUACGAUAUUUUCCGAUAUUCAGAACAUCGAAUAACAUAGCGAGGAUAUCUUCGCGCCCUUUUAGAAGAAUAUCAUAUACUAAUAAGGUAUAAAGUAGAGUUUUGUAAAGUGAAUUGUGUUAUGUUUUAAAUAAAAUUAUUUCGCUCAUAUAUUUAGUCAAUCAUAAAUCUCUAUUAGAUAACUUUACAUAAUGUUUGAAAAUAUUUAAAUUCUUUCGAAAUAUCUAUCCUAAACAAUUUGUUAAUACUAUAAUAUAUCAAUAAGACAUGCUACUGAUGACUGAGUAACCAGUGUUGGAAGGUAUGCAGUAGGUUCCUCUGUAAUUAAAUAUUUUAUCCAUAAUUUAAUUUGUGAUCCCCUCCCAAAUAAAUAUUUUUAAGUUUGAAA